UUCUAUGCGCGCUUGCCAGGUUUUGAUCAGAAGAACUAGCGCGUCGCGUCAAGCAGAGCUCGCAGAGCCCGCCCGUAUUACUAUCAGGCUUACACAUACAUACAGUUUAUAUAAACAUACCUGUACACUACACACGAGUCCUCCUCACGAGGAGGAGCUUUGAGCUGUUGAUAUCAUAUACGCGGGACGGACGGACGGAGAAGACCGUACAGAUUGAGCUCCCGAACCGACGAGCGAAACCUCAACACCGCGCUCGCGUGGUAAAGUGAAAGAGAUUUCACGGUAAAGUUUCACGGAUUGUUUUUAACCUCCACCGGAUUGCGUUGGCUUACACAAGCGGAAUGGGCGACUUUACGAUGAGAAACUGUUGCCUGCUGCUCGCCGUCUAUCUUCUAUCCAGUCAAGGGGUCUCGAGUCAGCGUGUUCGAGUUGAAGCCGAAGUCACGGCGUACCCGAACAGUUCUGUCAAUCUGCGCUGUGAGUUCCUAAACAGCGGCAACACCAAACUCACACAGGUCUCGUGGAUGUUCGAGCGCGUUGAAGGCGACAGACAAAACAUCGCUGUAUACCACCCCCAGUAUGGAGCGAGUUUCCCUAAUAAAGACUUUGAAGGCCGAGUAAAGUUCACGGUCAGCACCCUGGAGAAUCCGUCCAUCAAGAUCGACAAAAUGAGGAUGACGGAUGCGGGCAGGUACAUUUGCGAGUUUGCCACUUACCCCAGCGGAAACGAGCAGGGGACGACCACUCUCAUCAUGCUGGCCAGACCCAAAAACUCUGCUUCCCCCGUCACAGUGCAAGCCGGCUCCUCUGAGGUAGUCGUGGCACGUUGCGAGGCAGGCCAGGGAAAACCCGAGGCUACUAUCUCCUGGAAUACAAACAUCGCCGGGCGCUAUAACCACACUUCUGUACCUGAGAGGGACGGCACUGUGACUGUGAAGAGCGAAUAUCGGAUUGUCCCGACUCCAAACGAAAAUGGAAAAGAAAUCACUUGUGUGGUGAAUCAAAGGACGCAGAGCGAACCUCAGUCAUUCGCCUUGAAGCUGGUCGUGCAGUACCCCCCAACUGUGACAAUAGAAGGAUAUGACAAUAACUGGUAUAUGGGUCGGGCUGAUGCUGUACUGACUUGUCAGGCUGAUGCAAACCCUGCGCCAUCAGAUGUAAAAUGGACGGCCGUAUCUGGUCCGAUGCCGGCUUCGGUACAGGUGGAUCAGAACCAGCUGCGGGUGAAGAAAGUUGACGAAACCGUAAACACGACUUUCAUCUGUGAAGUGAAGAACAGUCUGGGAUCUGGCAAAAAAGAGGUCGCCAUCACCGUCAUCGAGUCAACCGAAGACCCUUCCAGCGCAGGUGUGAUGGCAGGGGCCAUUUUGGGCAGCCUCUUGGCCUUCGUACUGGUCAGCGCUUUGGUUGCCGUCCUAUUCGUGCGUAGCCGUCGGCAACAGCAGGGGUAUGCGGGUGACGGCGAGCAAGGUGGUUAUGGCAACAAAACUCGUCUUUUUGGAGCCAAGAAGGCUAGCAAGAACGGCGCGGGUGCCAACAACAACGGGCCGAUCUACACGUACCGCGAGGGCGAGCCAGGAACCCUGACGGCUAAGUGCAAUGAAUUCCCGCAGAUGACCGGUAGCAAGCCAACUCCGCACGACAUCCUGCUAAGCAGUGAGCUAAAUGAAGCGGAGCUCAGGAAGUUCGAUGCCAUGAACGACAGCAUGGAGGAGGAAGAAGAAGAUGACGAGAGGUACGACCGCUUUGGCGUACUGCCGCCCAGCUACCAAAUACACCGGCGUGAGGAGGAGUGUGCACCGUACCUUGACGAUGACAUGGAGUCUCAGCGAGACGGAUCUAUCAUUUCGCGGACUGCCAUUUACGUGUGAAGGAGACAAGCGGCGAGGAGACUGAUAUGUGUGAUAUGCCUGAAUGAUAUUUACUUGAUCCGUACUUGACCUUUAAAACGAACAGUGAAACGUGCCGUGAGACCAGAAUGGUUAAUGUUAUUUCUGUGGAAUUGACCAGAACAAAAGACAUUAAACUUGUUAAUGCUGCUUAUAAUGCGUAGUUUUUGUGAGAGACGAUGUAUGAAAUAAUAAUAUGAAGUAUUUGACGUUUGUGCAUCGGCAAAGCGACUUGGUGCAUUCAAGGUAAACGUUUUAUCAGUCCAAACCCAUGACCCUUGCUUGUUGUAUAAUUGUUGUAUUGGCAUUAACCUCUUGUUAAUGCCCAUUUUUACAAGAUUUUAGCUUUCUGUGCUUUAAGCAAUCCUAUGUGUGGACCUGCUGACCAUUCAGUCUUGAUGGAUUUGCUGGGAACAUCAUCUAUAAAAGCUCUGAGACCUGGAUGUUUUGUUAGUUACUAAGACACAGUGCACUGGUUGUUCCCAGCAUCCGAGUCUUUUUAUCUGUGGCAGUGAUCAAUUCAGACAACACUUUUAACUUUCUCCCCUUCGAACGAGGUCCAUUUUUUCAGCUCUUGUUCAUUAAUCGGCUGUCCUGUUACGGUAAAGGAAUUUUCUGAAUGACUCCAGGGGUUUUGGGGAGAAGGCGUAAUAAUGUUUUUCCCUCCCUUCUCCUGCCUCUGCAGAACAGCCUGUUUCAGGCCAUGUUUAAUUCAGGAGGCAGGAAUUGUCGAGCAUUAGCCGCGUGUGCAUCCUAGGACGAUGCUGCAAGCAUCUUUCUCCCGAUUAAUCCAGUUAUAUCAAAACCCUAGAAGACGACGUCUGAAAACCGCAGACAGGCUACUCGUAGGAGCGAACGAAACGCCCGUAGCGUGACUUCUCCGGUUGACAAAUCCCUUGUUUUCCAUAAAAAAAAAAUCUUUGAGUGAGCUUGAACCUAUUGUGUUGACACUCCACUAAAAACAGAUUAAGUUGAUUGAUAGAAAGCGUGGAUUGGUGGCAAAGGCGUGUGAGAUGAGCGCCACUGACGUGCCUUCGAGAUGGAGGAUUACGCGACCGCGGAGUGCGGACGGACCCUGGCAGGGAGUGUUAAGCCGGGCGGCAUAUGCUGCUGGGUUUAACCGAGUCCACGGUCUUGAAAAGCUGCCAGCUGUGAAUAAAGGUCAAAGGGAAAUGCACUCCUACCGUAUGUUCAGCUGUGAGAUUAGGCCGCUCGCUUUACAGACCCUGUUUUUCCCGAGUGGGUCAGCAGUUUGUUUUGAAGCCUAGCACGUACGCUGACUUAAAAAAAAAAAAAAACGUAUAUACAGUAUGCCGUUUCAGAGGUAUAGUGAUGUCCACUGAUAUAAACUAUGUACGUGCAACUUUAUAGAUGUGUGUGAAUUCGUUUGUUUGCAGUGUUCGGUCAGUGCCUGUUUUGCAUAAUAACAUGCAGCUUGUGUGGAUUCGUUGGCAGGGCUUUGAAUUACUUAAGCUGUGAGUCAUUCAUUCUUGGUUUCAGUGGAUCAAGACUUUGGCGGAGAAAAGUUUAGGAUGAUGAUGACAAGGACUCCUUUCGCUUCAGCACGCGCACAGCAACGUGAUAUUACCCAGACGUUUUCUCUAUCCGGCUACGCAUAUAUACCGCGAGGUAAUUUGGAGAUUACACUAUCUAGACCCAGUGACUGUAAAGGCAGUAGUUACUACUGUAUAGCCUACAGAGACGUUCACCCACGCUGUCAUUUUUUCAGUUGCAUCACUGCGCUGAAAAAUAAGGAUAGGGAAGCUAUUUUCGCAGAGCUAUCGGGUCUCAAAUUGUUCAAGCUUAUAAUAUGCCAAAAUAAAGGAGAGAUAUAAAAGUGAAUUGGUAUUAACCUUCACCAAACCAUUUUAGUUACGAAAUGUGCAUCAGGUUCACACAGAUUCAUGCGGUUUGUGAGGCCUGAGAGCUGGGAUGUUGCUUUACUGAGGAGAUGGUUGUGAACAUUUGAGUCUGAAAUGCUGUUAGAGAUACUGAACAUGCAGUGUUGCCAGAUCUUUGUACUCUUAGCAGAACUUCUAAUGUUUUAAUAGCAGAUUUGUAUUAAGGAUUAGAUAUUUAUAUGUUCUCAUUUGCACAAUCCCAAGGCAAUAUAAAGAUAAAAAAAAAGGGGGUGAAGCUGUCAAAAACAUGUCUGGGUUAUUUUUCACCUUGAAAUGAGAGACUUAUGACAUUGUGCUAUAAGAAAAUGAAGCCUGUUUGUGAGGACUAUUAAGUCGUUCUGCACCGAGAUGUUAUUUUCAUGUCAUUUAAGCACAUUAAAGGGAUAGUUCACCCAAAAAUGAAAAUUACCCCAUGAUUUACUUGCCCGCAAACCAUUUUCAAUUUAUAUGAUUAUUUUUUUUCAGACAAACACAAUUGUAGUUAUAUUAGAAAAUGACCAAGCUUUAUAAUAAUUGUAAAUGGGGCUUUUGAUUUUGAAGCCCAAAAAAGUCCAUCCAUCCUUCACAGAAGUAAUCCACACGGCUCCAGCAGGUUAAUAAAGGCUUUUUGAGGGCAAUCAUUGUGAUUUUGUAAGAAAAUAUCAAUAUUUACAACUUUACAAAACUAAAAUAACUAACUACUUCAUUAUAAACAAAGGCUGGGUUAUUUUUUUACCCAUUUUGGGUAAGUAUUGAAUAGAUCAAACCUCUGGGUUAGAAUUGAUCCAAUGCUUGGUUGCUUUAACCCAACUGCUGGGUUACUACAAAGCUUUGUUUAUACUCGACGCGUUCGCUGAAAAUGACGUCAAAACCGAAUGGGUGGUCUUGCAUGUUGGGUGCACGAGACCCCAUUUCGCGUGGAGGUGUGCACAACAAUUUUUGUAACUGUGCGCGGCUCCGCAUCCGAAAAUGACCAACCUUGAUGCGAUUCUGGCCGAACAGGCAAGCCUGUGACGUAUCUCUUUAAUCAAUCCAUUCACAACAAUGCAUAUACUAUUUAUCUGACAUUCUUAAAGGAAUAGUCUACCCUUUUGCCAUAUUAAACUAUGUUAUUACCUCAACCUAGACAAAUUAAUACAUACCUAUCUUUUUUUAAUGCGUGCAUUGUACAGCGUGUUGUGAAUGUGUUAGCAUUUAGCCUAGCCCCAUUCAUUCCUAUGGUACCAAACAGGGAAGCCUGUAGACUAUAAGUCACACUUUUUUCAUAGUUUGGUUGGUCCUGCGACUUAAAGUCAGGUGCGCCUUGUAAGUCAGUAUGAAUAAAUUUUGACAUAUAUGAACCAAGAGACAACAUUACCGUCUACAGCCGCGAGAGUCCACUAUAUGCUGCUCCUGUAUUUAUGUAAUUCAAUGAAUUCAGUGAUGUGGAAUGACGAGCAAUACAAACUUGAUGCGUGUUGGCUUGUUCUGUUCAUUUAUUCAGCCUUCCAGGUAUGUCCAGUAUGUUAUUGUGUAUCGUGUAAAUAACUGUUUGUAUUACGUUAACAUACGAACAUCUAUUCAGCAUGCUGUUCUGUGUGCUAUUGUUUAGUUGAAUAUCUUGCCUUUCCAGAUUAAAUCGGUUUCUGUUCUUCGGCUUGAAUUUUGUGAAAUAAUUUUCUAAAUAAAUGCGACGUAUAGUCCACUGUGACUUGUAUAUGUUUUUUCGUUUUCAUGACGCAUUUUUGAUUGAUGCGACUUGCACUCCGGAGCGACUUAUAGUUCGGAAAAUACGAUAUUUAAGAGAUUGAUCAUUUUAUUCAUGUUCUCAUAUUUAUAUAUAAAACUCUGAUGUUACAAGCACAGGGUUUUUCCAGCGAACAACUUUUAUUCUCCUCUUUGUGUUUGUUUUUGACUCGAUUGUUCACGUCGCCCCCUGUUGUUUCAAAUAAUAGUGCAACAGCGAGCGUGUCCACUAUAAAAGCCUUGACAGUUUUCUAAGACGCUCACGCGAUCAGUGGAGGCUCGCUUUGCGGACGAAAUCGAUUGUCAUUUUUAUCCCAGCAUUGGGUAAUUUUUAACCCCUCAUGUGUUCUGUCCAAUAUUUACCCAGCAUAGGCAAAAAAUAACCCAGCCAUAAAAUGUUAACCCCCUGGAGCCAUGUGGAUUACUUCUGUGAAGGAUAUAUGGCCCUUUGAUUUUGGCUUCAAAUCAGAAGCACCAUUUACUACCAUUAUAAAGCUUGGAACUCUUAAAAAGUGGGCUGAAAUGUGACCCAGACAUAUUUUUGUGAGAUUCAUUGUUACCAAGUAAUGCUGAGUUAUGACAAAACCCAUUUGUCAACACAUUUACUAUCGUAUGACAGUUAUUUUGAUAAUAAGCUGAUGUAAGUGCCUUCUGGGAUGUGUUUUUAGCCUUGAGUAAAGGUUGGCCACAAUGCAUUGGGGAUAUGGUGAAAAUUAAUGCCAGACAUAAAUAUUGGAUGGAAACGAGAAAGCUGAGAUACAGGAUUUGUCCAAACAAUGGUCCAAACAUGAUGUUUUAAAUUACGGUGCGAAACAUACGAUCAGCAAAGGCUGAUUUUACUUAUUUUUAUCAUUUACUCUGAAUGUUGUAUUGUGUUGUCAGGUUGUAACUUUGUCUCACCUGAAAUCAAAUUUAAAGUGCCAACCAUGGCUUACUUCCUGUUUCUGUGUAAAUAAUACUAUUCAAACCUAAAUGAGUCAUAUCACAAACUGCUCUGCGACAACAAAUCUGUAUCAAAACUUCAAUCCGUACUGUUUGUUAUUGCUUACUGUAUAAUUACUCUGGUUGGAAUAAUACAGUGCUAUUCCGUGAGGUGUUUAAUGGUCCGUAUCUUGCCGUAAUGUGUCUUGUGUGUGAGAUAUAUAUAUAUAUUGUAUGUAUUUAUCAUCAAGAUAUCCAGUAAGAUAAAAGUGUAAGUAUUUAUCAAUACUGUAAAUAGCAAAUGUAGUGGUCAAAUAUGACCUACACCAAAUGUACAAACAGAAGUAGUACACUAAAUGAGAGUAGAUGAGAAUAACCUCAGUUGCCUUGAUGCGGAUGCUGUAGCCUGCGUCACACCGCUGGAAGUGCUGCGUUUUUGCCAGAUGAAGUUUUUACCAGACGCACACAGUAGUUAGUAAGAUACGCAGCUUGUAAUGGACAGUAAAGUAUAGAGUGAUGUUCUCACAAAAACAUGCAGUGACGCAUGCAACACUAAACGGAAAUACAGUCUACUUUUACCCUAUGUCUAAGGUCAUAUUUCACUCGUAAAAUCGGAGAGAAUUUUCACCUUGAACAAAUUACAGAUACCUACGGCUUCCCAUUACUGUAAUGACAAAAAAAAUCCAAUUUCAUUAUUGUAUGUGAAAAUGGAUAAAUCAUUAAAACGAUGAAGAAUUUACAUAGCCUUCAUUUUGCUUUUAAUUUAUGCAAAGAAUAAAUUGCUGAUUGGUAGAGCAUUAAUGAGAAACUAAUGAGAAUGGCCAUUGAGAAUCACGGGUAAAAUGUCCGGAUACAUUACGGUAAUGAGAAUGACAUUUUUUUUAUGUAAGGGGCUUAAUUGUCAUUCAUAUAAUGUUACAAUGUAAUCUUAAUGGACCUUAAAACAGGCUUAAUUAAACCCAAUUGAUUUUUUUCUGAUUUGGGGUAAAAUAUGACCUGGACGCAUGAGAUUCAACUUCAACGCGCCCUGCACGCACUGCGACUGCCAAGGAUUUAUUCUCCACAGCAAGAUAAAGCACUAAUUGCAUCGGUGUACAGCGGUAUGAUCCCGUUUCGCAAAGACAUGAUCAAUAUUCUUGGUUUUCUCUGUUCGUCGGUCACAGGGUUUUAUAACCCAAAAAUAUUUCUAGAUGAAGAGGAAAGCGCAGGGGUAUUAAUCCUCUUUGUAAACAGUGCCACAGCAGGCAGAACACUGCUGGGUUGAAAACCAAUGUUUUUGGCAUGCAAUUACGCAGCCCGUUCGCAACUACAAUUCUGUUUUUCUUUAUUUUUUUUCUUUUUAAUGACAGAAGUGGGCUAUGACGCCUCCAGUCUCAAAGCAACUCGGAGCCAUUAAACAAAAUUUGUUUUCCUGUUCUGUCUUAUCAGCCUCUUGUGAAUAUUUAAAUAAAUGAAGAAAUAGCAAAUAAAUUGCUAAUUGAUACCCAACCCUGAAUUACCUUCGCACCAUUUCAUUAUUUUACAUUUGGCUGUGCUGUUUUUUUUUUGUAAGCAAUGGUUUAGUGUCACUUCAACUUGUAUGGUGUGUUAAAAUUGCAUUUAAAAAAAGUGUACAUUCCAAGCCCCAAUUUUGUCCUGUCACAUUAUUUUUGUAUAAUGGUUGUAAUUAAACCGGUGGAUUUCUAAGUA